AUGACAUCGGCGCUCUCAGCACUCCUGAAGGACCCUGGUCUCCUUGUCCUCGACAGGACAUACGUUGACGGCAGCUGGGUUUCAUCGAAGUCGGGGCAGACCUUCGAAGUCACCAACCCAGCGUCCGAUGCAGUCAUCGGGUCCCUGCCGGAGUCAGGCCUCGAUGAUCUCAACGAUGCCAUAAAGGCCGCAUCUCGAGCACUGGAGAGCUGGAAACGUCGACCUGGAAGACAGCGAGCUCGAGUACUACACAAGAUCUACGAGCUUCUGGUGGAACAUCAGCAUGAUCUGGCAACCAUCAUCUCCGCCGAGAAUGGCAAAGCAAAGGCCGAUGCAAUUGGAGAGGUGCUACUGUCGGCGAACUUCUUCGAGUGGUACUCCGAAGAGGCAAGUCGAAUCUACGGCGAUGUGAUUGAAAACAGCAACCCUGGCUUCCGGACCCGCAUCAUCAAAGAAGCAGUCGGCGUAUGCGGUAUGAUCACUCCCUGGAACUUUCCACUGGCCAUGGGCGCGCGCAAGAUAUCUGCUGCUCUCGCCGCUGGGUGCACAAUAGUCCUCAAGUCAGAUGGACUCACGCCAUUCUCCUCGAAUGCCCUUGCUGUGAUCGCUGAGAGAGCUGGCUUGCCGAAAGGAGUGCUCAAUAUCGUGACUGCUUCCAAGAACACACCCGAGCUGGGACUUGCGAUGUGUGAGUCUGAUAUCGUCAAGAAGAUCUCGUUCACUGGCUCGACCAGGGUUGGCAAGAUCCUGUACAAACAGUCAGCGUCAACGCUGAAGAAGCUAAGCUUGGAGCUCGGCGGCAACGCAGCAUUCAUCGUGUUCGACGACGCCGAUCUCGAGACUGCGAUCUCCAGCCUGCUGAUCGCCAAGUUCAAAGUCACUGGACAAACGUGUGUCUCUGCGAAUCGAAUUUUCGUUCAAGAUGGCAUCUACAAAAAGUUUAGUCAGAGGCUCGUUGAGGAAGUCAGCAAAUUCCGAGUGGGCGAUACACUGGCGAGUACCGAUGGCUCCGUGACUCACGGCCCGUUGACGAACGGUCUAGGCAAGGUCGAAUCGCUGAUCGAGGACGCAGUUGCCAAAGGGGCCAAAGUGCUGCUCGGUGGCAAUAGACUUCCAUCUAUGGGUAAGAAUUUCCAUGAGCUCACCGUGCUAGGUGGCGUCGACGACACGAUGGCAAUCACUAAGGAGGAGAUCUUUGGUCCGGUGGCACCUCUUGUAAUGUUCUCAACGGAGGACGAGGUGAUCGCGAGAGCGAACGCCAUCGAUGUUGGAUUGGCAGCGUAUGUCAUGACAUCAGAUCUUGGUCGGUCGUACAGAAUGUCGGAGAGGCUCGAGACUGGUAUGGUGGCCAUCAACAGUGGUGUCGUCUCAGACGCACCUAUCCCAUUUGGAGGUGUCAAACACUCUGGAUUCGGUCGUGAGGGCAGCAAAUAUGGGCUCGAUGAUUACCUUACCAUGAAGACAGUCGUGACCGGAGCAAUAUGA